AUGAAUCCCUUGGGAGGCAGCCGAUUUUUAGCUUCUCAGCUGGCUUCGGUUUACAUCCCAGUACCUAUCUUGCCACACUCUGCGUCAGUUCCGUUUGAUGCUAUUGUUGAAGAAAAAGAUGGUCAUUUGAGUACGCGAGCAUUACGGGCAUCAACUUCACUACCGGCAACAAUGAAUCAAGUAGCAUUCGCUGGUUUGGGCGGUGCCCGGAGAACGGCAAUCGCAGAAGGAAUGAACUUAUCUGCUCAUGUGGAAGGUGGAACAACAAAUGGUGAAGAUGAUACAGAUGAGAAAGGUCGGCAGAAGUUUCAAACAAUGUUCCGUUUGGCUCUUCCUCAUAUAGCUCUCAUAACAACAACUCUCUCAUAUGUUUGCUUAGGAGCCCUUGUUUUUGCUGCCAUCGAACAACCAUAUGAACUUCAGCAUAGAAACUAUCACUUGCGAGAAAUCCGAAAAGUUGAGGAUGCCAUAUUGGAAUACAACGGUCAAAAUGAUCCUUUUAAUGAAACUGCUCUUCAUCUCAUAGAUCAGCUUACAUUUGUCACAUUUCAAGCUUUUGAAGCUGGCAUUAAGCCAUUCGAUUUGAACAACAGCACUUUUCAAUCGAAAUGGAAUUUUGCUUCUUCCAUUUUCUUCACAACAACUGUCUUGACGUCGAUCGGCUAUGGUCAUUUAAUACCAAUAUCACCUUUUGGUCAAAUAUUUUGCAUGUGCUACGCCAUAUUCGGAAUUCCACUUACUUUAAUAACUAUUGCUGAUGUGGCAAAGUUCAUCGUGGAGUUACUUGGACGAAGAGGAGAUGAUCCGCUUGCUGAGGUUUCUGGACAAAGACAGAUGACGGUGUUGUUUACGUUGUUUUCUUACAUGGCAAUAUCUGCUUGGAUCUUCACCUAUUACGAAGCAUGGAACUUCUUGGAUUCCUUCUACUUCUGUCUCAUAAGCCUGAUGACUGUAGGAUUUGGUGAUUUAUAUCCUCAGGGAGACGUGGGAUAUAUGGUUGCUUCAAUCAUUUUUCUUUUUGUUGGACUAAUUUUGACAACGUUAUCCGUGGAUGUAAUGGGCUCUUCUUGUAUUGAACGUAUCCAUACUUGGGGACGUGGACUGGAUGCAAUGGCCUUGUUGAAGGCUUUUAAAGGAGCCGCCACGAGAAAUCUGCUUCCGGGUGCAGGAUUACCCAUUAAAGGACUUAUUGCUGCGAGUAUGCGUCUACCGGACGGUUACCAGUUCGGCUCAGGCCGAGGUAUUGUUCGUAAAGAUGCUUUACCACAUGCAUCUGAUGAGGAUAAGAUGGCGACAAUAGCUGACGAUGGCCUCGUCGCAAUGAGCGCGGCCGUGAACGGUGUCGGUUGCGGCGUCGUGAGCGCAUCGUCGUCAACUAUGGUGAUGAGUCGUCCAUUAAUUCCACGACGUCAUCGUCUUUUGUUGCUUGUAUGUCGUCCUAAUCCAUUACGAGCGUUAUUAACAUUACUUGAUAAUAACAUCAAUACAUCAUGUAUAUAUGAUGGCGUACUGGAGCCAUUCAAGCCAUUAUAUGAUCAAUUAGAGCAACAUCAUCAGCAAGAUGAAGCUCAUGAUGAAGCUGAUGAUCUUAUUGUAUGUUAUGGACCAGUAGCUAUACGUCAACAUAUUAUUCCAUUAGCUAUUCGUGAACAUAUCUCCCUGUCUAAACUAUGGCUUAACUACGCGGAUCUUAGCUUAUUAGAUGACCAACAACUUUCUAUUAACCCUGAGGAUGACAUGGAACAAGAAACUCAAGCACUUAUCAACCGUCUCGCCAACAUCACACCAGAAGAAUUGAAUUCGGUCAUUCAAACGGUCAACCUCGGCGUGCAAUCGGCAGUUUGUGAUCGUGAAACGAAGAUUGAAGGAGAUGUAGUGGUUCGUGCUAGAGGAUUACCAUGGCAAGCAUCUGACAGCCAUGUUGCUCAGUUCUUCGCUGGGCUCGAAAUCGCUCCCGGAGGAAUUGCUUUAUGUUUAUCAGCCGAAGGACGACGCAAUGGAGAAGCUCUAGUCCGUUUCACAUCAGAACAGAUGAGAGACAUGGCUUUGAAACGUCAUCGUCAUUUCUUAUUAUCCAGGUACAUCGAGGUUUACAAGGCAACAUCAGAGGAAUUCCUUCACGUCGCUGCCGGUUCUUCCUCUGAAGCCGUCAAUUUCGUGUCCACAGGCGCUGCCAUGUUUGUUCGCAUGCGUGGCUUACCUUAUGACUGCACGGAGCUACAGAUUCGUGAUUUCUUCGCUCGUGCACCAAACGCAUGCGAGAUCAUGGAUCAGGUGUUGUUCGUCACACGCGCAGAUGGAAGACCUACAGGAGAUGCUUUUGUUCAAUUUGAGGAUGAAGAAAAAGGAGCAAAUGCCCUAACGAAGCAUAGGCAGUGUAUUGGAAGUAGAUAUAUUGAGUUGUUCCGAAGCACAAGCGCCGAAGUUCAGCAGGUUGUGAAACGAUCGUAUGAACAAGGCGGAGCAUCCUCAGGCCGUAGAGAUUGUAUUCGAUUACGUGGCCUUCCUUAUGAAGCACGAGUGCCUCAGGUUGUUGAGUUCUUGGGGGAUAAUGCUCGUCACAUCCAGUACCAAGGUGUACACAUGGUUUUCAACUGUCAAGGAAAUCCUUCCGGAGAAUGUUUUAUUCAAAUGAACAGUGAGCACGCUGCUUUAGCUGCUGCAUUAGCUUCACAUAACAAAUUCAUGAUUAUAGGGAAGAAGCAGAGAUAUAUAGAGGUUUUUCAAUGUUCUUCAGAAGAUAUGCACCAUGGAAUGACAUACCCUGUUCCUGUCACACCUGCUAAUGUUGCUCCACCACCGCUCAUUCUCCCACAGAGAUCUUUCAUACAAGGGAUUCCUCCUAUGAUGCCCAUGCAAGCUCCGCCAACGUUUUGGCCCUAUCCAUCACCCCCAGUGUCUCCUAACGUAGUGCUGCCGGGACAACUUCAUCAAUAUGUCGUUUACGGUUUAGCGCCAAAUGUAGGUGCAGCCGAUCUGAUUGCUCAAUUUCAAACUGAAAAUAUAGUAGUGGAAAAUGUUUUAUUCACCCGUCUUGCGUCUUCAACGCUACCAGGCGAAGCUGUGGUGACAUUGCGAUCUCGAACUCCUAGUGAUCCUCAACAAGUUGUACCAAUAGAACCACAAUUCCUUUCGAAGGUGCCACUUGAUCCUCCAUUCGUUCCAGCUCAGAUGCCGCUAUCUAUUCAGGCAGUCACACAGCAGCCAAUUUUUACGGUUAUUCAGUCAUGA